AUGAUCCCAGCCAGCUGUUUGCUGCCUCUGCCCACCAUCACUGACCUGGUCCUGUACUCUCCCUGGAACUGUGGCACCACUGGUGAUGUAACCUAUGGCAUUGCAACAGGGAAAAUGAGGCCAGAGCGCAGAGUUUUUUACCGUUCACUACCGUUGUUUUUCCACGGUGUAAUUCCACUUGACAAUUAUCAACCCCUGAACCUGCCAGACUACUGGAACUCACUGAAGAAAGUUGGAGGACAGAAGAUCCCAAACAUCAUUGUGAGCCCUCUGCAGGAAGAUGAUGGUACAUGGAAAAAAUUUAAGUCUCUCUCAACAAAAUAUGGUCCACCAGGACGAAACCGCAUCGUCAUCCCGUUCAUCGUCCCAGGAGAGAGAGAAAGUGUCCCGUUCUCUGUCGUUACCUUGGCUCUGUCCCUGGUGCUCCUCUCUUCCAGGUUUAAAGCCACUGUUCACCUUGAUACCUGUCUGAUUGAUAAGUCUACAGGACAGGAAUCUGACAGGAAGCAUCUGCAGGAGCAGUACUACUGCACUGAAGACAACACUGUGAUGACAUGUUCACCAGAUGCAUUCAGUGUGAACUGGUUGGAUCGUUUUAAGAGUCUGUUUAGUUAA